UGUGGGGAAGUUGAAUUCAAUCUGAUUGGCCAUUUCAUUCCCAUCUGCGAUUUUGUUGUUUCCGUGUAGUAAUGGGAAAACCGACCCGAACAUGAACUCCUCUUCCUCCUUCCAUUCAUUCAUUCUUCUUCUUUAAAUUUCUCUUCUUUCGUAAUCAGAUUCCUUUGUUAUCGUAUCAUAUUCGUUAAUCGUAACGAGGAUCCCGAACUCCAACGCUCGUUCAACCCAUCAUCACUUCUUCCGUGUCUCUUCCCACUUGUCACCUAAUAACAUUUUCUUAGAAAUUUUGUUAAAUCUUCCACCUUUGACCCCUUAAUCUUCAUUGACUUCCAACAAUUUCUCCGAAAAGGUUUGCGAUUCUGUUUUUUUAUUGGGUUUCUUCUGUUUCGUUCAUCGAGUGGGAAAACCCAACAAGUUUUCUCCUCCCUCUUUGUUCUGUGUUGCGCCCUUUUCAAUUUCAUAUCUGGGGUUCGGUUUGAUUUGGGAUUUAGGGUUUUUUUGAGUCUUGCUAUGGAUUUUGAACUGGUUAGAAGGGGUUUGGGAUUCUCUCAGAGAAAAAAGAAGUGGCUUAUUCUAUUGGCUCUCAUGGGGGUUUCGGGUUAUGGUGCUUACAAGGUCUAUCAUUUGCCUUCUGUCGAGAGGAAGAGGAGGAGACUGAUGAAGCUCUUUGGCGCCAUGAUUUCUGUUGCUGAAAUGGUUGCGGAUUCUUCUGAAGCUAUUGGAGUAAUUUCUAAGGACUUGAAGGAGUUUCUGAAAUCUGAUUCUGACCAAAUUCCCAACAGCUUGAAGCAAAUUUCCAAAAUUGCCAAGUCUGGGGAGUUUUCGGAGUCUCUGGAAAAGGUUACUGAGGCUUUCACGGUUGGGAUGAUGAGAGGUUAUAAAUCUGUGACAAAGAAUCAACAAAAUUCCGAGGCGGACUCGGCAAAUUCGGGUUUUUCUUCUGGUAUUGUUGAGAAGCUAUUUUCUACUACUGGGACUGGUUUUGCUUCUGUUGUGGUUGGAAGCUUUGCAAGGAAUUUGGUCAUGGGAUAUUACUCGAUCUCUGGAUCAGUUGAUGAUGCAAGUGGGAAUCCACAGAAAAUUGACAAUUCUGGAUCUGAAUUUCCAGACGUGCCCAGAUGGGUAACUGUGGCCUCCAAUGAGAAAUGCAAAAAUGUUAUUGCAGAUUGCAUACAAGUUUUUGUUAGCACUGCAGUUGGUGUGUAUCUUGAUAAAACAAUGGAUGUUAAUGUGUACAAUGACCUGUUUAGUGGAUUGACCAAUCCCACCCAUCAGGACAAGGUGAAGGACAUGCUUGUUUCUGUUUGUAAUGGUGCUGUGGAAACUCUGGUAAAAUCAUCUCAUCAGGUAUUGACAAGCUCGCGAUCGACUUCAAAUUUGAGUUCGGUUUCACCUUGUAAUGGAGUGUCGAAGAUAGGAGAUGUACCCUUUUCUGAAGGAACCUAUCCAAAGAAAAUAGCUUUGGCCAGCUCAACUGAGGGUAGCCAAAAUGGAUGGGUUGACACGGUUUCAUCUACUCUGGCAGUUCCUAGAAAUAGGAAGUUUGUGCUUGAUUUAACUGGUAGGGUGACCUUUGAAACAACAAGAUCUGUUGUCGAAUAUUUCUUGUGGAAACUAAUGGAUGGUCUGAAGAGAAGUCUUGAUACAGUGCACGAUGAAGUUGUGGGUAGGGGAUUGGAAGUUAUCAGAUACUUUUGUGCAAAGUCUUCUGUUAUUGUUACAAUAUGUUUGGCAUUAUAUCUACAUGUAUUUGGUGGCACUAGACUUCUGGUUCCUGCAUAAUAUAAGAGCCGGAUGUAGUUUAAGCCACUUAGAUCAGAAAGUAUAUACCAUUGUUGCAUUUAGGGAAGGUUUUGUACUUCUCCAAUAUCAUUCAAAUUUUAAUGAUAAUGAUAAACAAAUGCAUAUAUUGAUGCAUAA